UGAACUGAUUCCCGGGGUUUCCGGGGCGUGAGGGUGGGUAGGCGCCGGGAUUUGAGCGACAGGCGGCGAAGCUGAUUUGGGGCGAGGGGACCAGAGAAUCUGCUCGGCCGGAAGCGGACCGGAGGGUGCUGUGUGGAGCCAGGAUUGGGUGGUGACAGUCACGGCUUGGUCGGACUCCCUGUCAUAGCUGGUUCCGCGUCCUCACGGCUCUUCCCAGCCCCUGCUCUGCCGUUCCCGCGUACGGGUAGCAUAAAUAGUUGAAUAACUACUGAUUAUUUUCUGGACCUGACUGGUUUAUAAGUUCAGAAGAAACAAUGGAGAGCCGAGAAUUUAUUGUACUAUAUACUCAUCAAAAGAUGAAGAAAUCAAAGGUGUGGCAAGAUGGAAUUCUGAAGAUCACUCACUUGGGAAACAAAGCAAUUUUAUAUGAUGACAAAGGAGACUGUUUGGAUAGUAUAUUUCUUAAGUGCCUUGAGGUGAAACCUGGAGAUGACUUAGAAAGCGAUCGAUACUUAAUCACAGUUGAGGAGGUUAAAGUUCCUGGAAGCAUAGCUGUUAAACAGGAUGUCACUAACGCAGCAGCAGAGUUUAAUUCAAGGAGGUUUAUAUCCUCUGGCCGACCUCUUGGAUGUCAGCCUGCUGGUUUGAAAAGGAAGUUUACUGGUUUUCAAGGACCACGUCAAGUGCCAAAGAAAAUGGUGAUUAUGGAGAAGGGUGAAUCAGCUGCAUCACCUGAGGCUAAGAAACCCGGCCCUGUUUUUCUUUCUCCAUUCUGCAGCACAACUUCUUUGUUUUCUACUGUUGGCAAGAAAGAUAUAAAUAAUAUGCCAGCAGACCCUGAGAACACUGACACUUAUAAGAGCAGAGAGAGAAAUGGCAUACCGUUUUCUUCAGUUGUCUCUAUUCCAUCCUUCAAGAUUAACCCAGAAAUGCUAUGUGAAGAAAAUUAUUUUUGCUCUCCUAGCAGUUCUGUAAAUAAGCAAUCAGAUUCCUUACUGACCAAUGAGGCCAGGAAAAGAGAUGGUUUGGCAUCUCACUGUUUAGGCGUUUCACAAAACAUCAGAAGCAAAGCACAGAUAUUAGCUCUUCUGAAGUCCAAAUCAACCAGUAUUUGUAAGGAACUAAAUUCUGAGAUUGCAGAACAUUUCCCUCAGAUACAACCACAAGGAACUAUAAACGUUCCUAAUAAACCACAGUACUUAAUUGAAGGGGAAGAGUGUGCUGAGGUGAAGAGCACAGAAAGGUUACACUUCCAGCAUCAAUCGGAAAAUACCGUGAGAAAUAAAAGCCGGUGGGCCAUGUAUGUAUCCUCACAGAGUUUGCCUGUACAUUCUUCUACUGAAGAUGGACACGAUAUAGAAAGAAAACCCAAGUCCCAGGAGGAGAAUAUAAAUUUAAAUUUGAAAGACCUUUUGGUGCAAAAAAGGGUACAAUUCUUUGAAACAUGUGCUGAAAAGGGGAAAAAAUAUAAUGAAAACAGGCCAGUAGAUAAUAAUGAUCAAUCCUGGGAUCAGGAAGUAAAAUUAGAAAUGCCUUCAUUCUGUGAAAGCAACAACUUACCAGUUACCUGUAGCAAUGUAGAAAAUGAUGGCUUAUUAUCAGAAUCGGACAUUCAGGAAAAUAAUAAAAUACCUGUUCAUCAGAAUGACCAGAUGUAUGUAAAAGGAUCAAUUCACGUUAGAGAAAAUGCUCAGGAGGUGAAUAUGUGUGGAACACCGGAAAAGGAAUGUGAACGCCUGGUGUUGUGUCUGCCAGAAUCUGACCAUCUGCACGUGGCCUCUCCUCUAAGUAGCAGUGCUAGGAUCUCUGAUGACGUUACCCACACGUUUGCUAAAAGUAAUACUGAUGAUGACAGUCUUAAUAAUAUUCGUGAACCUAUGAGUAAUGUGACAGAACCUCUUGUGGAGGUCACUUUUGAUCUGAACAAUUUUGAAACCAGUGACACUGAGGAGGAAUCACGGGAAAGCAAUAAAAUUUCCCGGGAUUCAGAGGGUUGGGUAAAGGAAACUUCCGUUAAUGAUGGCAACGUAGGUGUUCAAAAGAGGUGUGAGGAUACAGGCUGUAAAGAAGUUGGCAGUGAACGUUUGCCUCUCUCAGCGUCUACUGCGAGUACACCUACAGAGACAUUUCCUAUUAAAGAGACUCUGCUAUCACAGUUUUGUGAUAAAACUUGUGUAGGUUUUGACACAGGACCUUGGAAAGCUGAAAACACUGGAAGAGAAAUAGAGGAGUAUAGUGACAUGUUAAGCAAUUUUGACUCAUCUUUAGAGUGGGCUGAUGAUGUAUACGUAGACAAUGAUGAAGAUGCUAAUAAAUCUACUGAAAAAAUCAGAAUUAACUAUGAUUUUGCUUCACUCCCGAAUAAAUCUAAAGGUAUGAAUACUAAUUUACACAUCCCUCAUUUUUUAAACAUAGCCACUAAUCAGACUCCUGAAAAUAACCUAUUUUCGGAACACGCUCGGCCUCAGCCUUUCGUUGUGGGAAGUGACUUAGACAAAAAUGAUGAACAGGUUUUACCAUCAACCUCCAGCAGUGACAUCAGUAUCCAACUAUUAAGUGCCAGUCAGAAUCACUCUGAAGAAUGUAUUGCACUCGAUAAACCAAAUUCUCAAGUUUCCGAUUCUUUGUUUUUCCCUCUGGGAAAAAAGCGUUCUAUUUCCAAAGACACAGAAGCACGUAUUCCUGAAUCUGAAGAUUUGGAAAGGAUUGGAAGUUUAUCCCAUGACCAUACUGAAGUAGAAACUACUGGAGAAAGCAAACAAUACUGGAAUAGUCCUAGAAAUUCUUCAGAACUUUCUGGACUAGUAAAUAACAUUUCCCUUUUAAAAUCCUUGUCUGAACACAGUACAGCUUUAGAAGGCUUGGAAAUACUGAAGAAGAAAAAUACUACCUUUCAACAACAAGAAGCCCUGCAGAUGUAUGAGCCAGAUAGCAAUCGUGAAGCUAGGAAACAACUGACUACAGCAGUUUCACAAGCUUUACCAAAGUCUCAUCUGAACCAGGAUUCUCAACAGUAUUCUAUUCCAAAGAUUAUAAAAGAAAAUGAAGUUGAACCAAGUGAACCACUUCAGUCUUUGCAGUUCUUUUCCUUGGGAGGUGAAGAAGAGACUGCUUUUCUGGCUGUUAUUCCUAAACAAACAGAGAGGAAAACCUGUGACCCUAAGCCUGUUGAGUUUCAAGGGCACCAAGUGAAGGGAUCAGCUACUAGUGCUGUGAUGGUCAGAGGACACAGCUCACAGCUAGAAUGCAGUCAGUUUCCAGAUAGAAUUGAAUAUGAAAAUUGCACGACAGACCCUUGUUUUUUGACACCAAAGUUGCCUAGCACUUGUAUGCAGAUUGACUUCUUGCAGUUCCCAGAUGAAGAAAACUUUCCAAAAGAAGGUACUAACUUUAAUAUUGAAGACAAUUUUCAAGUGAUAGCUGAGUCUAAUAAGGACUCAUUUGAAAAUGAACCAAUUUUAGAUUUCCCUCCUAAAGAUUCAGAACAUUCAUAUCAUUAUCUGGAUUAUAGUUUUAAAUCAGCAGAGAGGACUUCAUGGGAAGCAAAUAAGGUGACAUCACCAGAACAGAAGAUCUCAACAUUGAGCCCUGUUUCUACUUUUUCUUUGAACUCAAGAGCUGAAGACUUCAAGCUAGAAUUCUCUGAGGAGUCCCCGAAAGCAAGAACUUUACCUGUAAUGAGAAAAUCCAGUUCUCUGGAGAAUAAGCACCUUCAGAGGCUUCUGCUCAUUUCCAAGACUGAGGAGAUUCAUAAUGUGUUAGGAAAGUCUGCCUGCUCCAACUGCAGUGUAACAAGAGAUCUACAGGAAAUAAAUGGCUCUGAGCUAUGCUUCCCAAGUGGGCAGAAAAUAAAAUCUGUUUAUCUUCCCCAACGGCAAAUUCACAUACCAGCUGUUUUUCAGUCACCUGCUCAUUAUAAGCAGAUUUUUACAUCUUGUCUCAUAGAACAUCUAAAUAUACUGCUCUUUGGGUUGGCGCAGAGGUUGCACAAAGCUCUUUCAAAAGUUGACAUAUCAUUUUACACAUCAUCAAAAGGAGAGAAACCGAAAAAUGUAGAAAAUAAUGUGCCAUCCUGCCAUCAUCAUCAACCUGCAAAACUUGUCAUGGUUAAAAAGGAAGGUCCAAAUAAGGGUCGUCUCUUUUAUACCUGUGAUGGACCCAAAGCUGACCGAUGUAAAUUUUUCAAGUGGCUUGAGGAAGUGACCCCAGGAUAUUUAACACAGGAAGAAUCUCUACCUAGCAUGGUUUUAAGUGAUAUAAAGAGUAUUGGCUUGUACUUAAGAAGUCAAAAGAUACCCCUCUAUGAGGAAUGCCAGCUUUUGGUGAGAAAAGGAUUUGAUUUUCAAAGAAAACGGUAUGGCAAACUAAAGAAGUUUACUACUGUAAAUCCUGAAUUUUGUAAUGAACCUAAAAGCAAGCUCUAUCUUAAGCUCAGUCGGAAGGAAAGUUCUUCAACUUAUAGCAAAGAUGAUCUUUGGGUCGUUUCAAAAACCCUAGACUUUGAACUGGAUACUUUUAUUGCAUGUAGUGCUUUCUUUGGACCAUCAUCUUUCAAUGAGGUGGAGCUACUACCUUUGAAAGGUUAUUUCCCCUCUAAUUGGCCCACUAACAUAGUGGUCCAUGCGUUACUGGUUUGUAAUGCUAGCACAGAGCUGACUACUUUGAAAAACAUCCAGGACUACUUUACUCCAGCUACUCUGCCUCUAACACAGAAUCUGUUAACAAUGUCUUCAUCAACUCCAGUUAGCAACAAGAGAGUCAAUAAAAGAAAAUUUAUCCCACCAGCCUUCUCAAAUAUCAACACAAAAUUUGAACUCCUCAGUCUAAGAGCAACGUUGCAGUUAGCUAGUGAGUUAAUUCAGGCAUACAAGUUAAACAAGGAUCAAGCUACAGCUCUGAUUCAGAUAGCUCAAAUGAUGGCCUCACACGAAAGUGUGGAAGAAGUGGAGGAACAGCGAACCCAUACCCUCCCUAUCACCAUCAUACAUGGUGUUUUUGGAGCAGGAAAGAGUUAUUUGCUGGCGGUGGUGAUUUUGUUUUUUGUACAGCUAUUUGAAAAGAGUGAAGCUCCUACAGUUGGAAAUGCAAGACCGUGGAAACUUCUGAUUUCUUCUUCCACUAAUGUAGCUGUUGACAGAGUACUUCUUGGGCUUCUCAGUCUUGGAUUUGAAAAGUUUGUCAGAGUUGGGAGUGUUAGGAAGAUUGCCAAGCCAAUUUUACCUUAUAGCUUGCAUGCUGGCUCAGAAAAUGAAAGCGAACAGUUGAAAGAACUGCAUGCACUGAUGAAAGAAGACCUGACCCCUGCGGAGAGAGUCUGUGUGAGAAAAAGCAUUGAGCAGCACAAGCUGGGGACCAAUAAAACCCUGCUGAGGCAGGUUCGAGUAGUUGGAGUUACCUGUGCGGCCUGCCCAUUCCCAUGCAUGAAUGAUCUUAAAUUUCCUGUGGUUGUGCUGGACGAAUGUAGUCAGAUAACUGAGCCGGCCUCCCUCCUUCCUAUUGCAAGGUUUGAGUGUGAAAAGCUGAUUCUUGUUGGAGAUCCCAAACAGCUUCCUCCUACUAUUCAGGGUUCUGAUGCAGCUCAUGAAAAUGGAUUGGAACAAACUCUUUUUGAUCGACUUUGCUUAAUGGGUCACAAGCCAGUUCUAUUGAGAACACAGUACCGUUGUCACCCUGUGAUCAGUGCUAUCGCUAAUGAUCUGUUCUAUGAAGGACACCUCAUGAACGGUGUUUCAGAGGCAGAGAGGAGCCCUUUACUGGAAUGGCUGCCGACCCUGUGUUUCUACAACGUCCAAGGACUGGAGCAGAUUGAAAGAGAUAACAGCUUUCAUAAUAUGGCAGAAGCUGCUUUUACGCUCAAGCUGAUUCAAUCACUGAUUGCAAGUGGAAUUACGGGCUCUAUGAUUGGGGUGAUAACAUUAUACAAAUCCCAGAUGUACAAGCUGUGUCAUUUACUCAGCACCGUGGACUUUGACCAUCCCAAUGUUAAAGCUGUGCAGGUGUCCACGGUAGAUGCUUUUCAGGGAGCUGAGAAGGAAAUCAUUAUCCUGUCCUGUGUAAGGACGAGACAAGUAGGAUUCAUUGAUUCAGAAAAAAGAAUGAAUGUUGCCUUGACCAGAGGAAGCAGGCAUUUGUUGAUUGUGGGAAAUUUAGCCUGUUUGAGGAAGAAUCGACUAUGGGGGCGUGUGAUCCAACACUGUGAAGGAAGGGAAGAUGGAUUACAACAUGCAAGCCAGUAUGAACCACAGCUGAACCAUCUCCUUAAAGAUUAUUUUGAAAAACAAGCAGAAGAAAAACAGAAGAAAAAGAGUGAAAAAGAUAAAUCUAAAGAUAAAUCUCAUUCACAAAAAGACAUAGUAUAGAUAUUUUGUAUUUAUAUAAAUUCACAUUUAUUUUACACUAUACAUUUUUUAUAUUUUUAUUACCCCAAAAUCCUUGUUAUCGUGAAAAAAGUACUUCAUGAUAUUUAAAUAACAUUAAAGAAACAGAUAUAAAAAAAUUUGCUCUUCAAAAACGUAUACGUUACUUAUAUUAAGAUAGGCAGAUGUUGAAGGUGAUAUAAAAUCUUACUAAUAAAAAUUUUUCUCUAAAAAUUAUGGCUUCUGU